AUGCCCGUGCACGUCAUCUUAUUACACACCGCCGCCGGCGUCCAUAACCGGCGUAUCCUCCACCAACCCUUCUCUAUUCCAAACCAACCUUCGUCUUCAUCUACUUCCCUCCCCUUCUUCCCUGACUUACCGUCUCCUCCGCCACAGCCUCCAGCCUUCUCAUCCUUCCCCGACAACAUUUCCAGCUCCAAAUCUAACUCUGGCUCCUCCAAGCUCGUUGCUGUAUCCGUAUCCCUAGCUGUCUCCGCUGUCGUCAUCACUGUCAUUGCUCUGUUUCUGUAUCUCCGUCGGCAGCGGCGAGAUGGGUUCAGCAAUGAUGAUUCGAAGACUUCUCUGUCCGACACUAGCAGCCUACGCUACCAUGCUAAUGUUGUAGGCGUUUCAGGCAACGUCCUUCUGAUGCCGCGUGUUGUUUCGCCUCCUAAUAGCUCCUCUGAGUUUCUGUAUCUUGGAACCAUUGUUAAUUCUCGGGGAAUUCAUGAUCUUCAUGGCUUCCAGAAUGGCGGCGAAAGUGAUACAUAUUUAAGAAAACCGGAUUCCCCGGAGCUCCGCCCUUUGCCACCGUUAGGUGGGCAGAUCUGCAGGAAGGAUCGCGUACAUGCAGAGUUAGACGAAGAGUUCUCUUCUCCUAGAGGAUAUCUAGGUGCGCGAGAGAGCUCAACCGGUGCUGGAAGAGCCUUCGCCGCAGUCAUGGUCGAGAGUCUUACAGGAAGGAACAGUGAAUCAAGCUCUUCUUACUCGUCUUCCUCGUCUUCUGAUUCACAACUUAGAUCAGUUUCAUUAAGCAUAUCUCCUCAGAUUAGCUGGAGGCCUAAAUCGCCAGAGUUAACGCCGAUGCAUAAUGCUCCGCCACCACCGUCGCUUAAGAAACCAGUUGUGAGAACUGGCAGUAGAUUUUCAAUCCCUUUAUACAGUGAUAGAAAUCCUAGAUCACAAUCUAUGUCAUCGUCAUCCUCACCAGAUAGACCAGAGGUAAAAAUACAAUAUUCCUCUCUUAGCAUUGCCGACCCUCCACUAUACCCUGCUCCGGCAUACCCUCCCCCUCCCCCUCCACCACCAUAUCCUGCUCCCCUGUCUCCAAACCAGUCUUCUUCAAGACCCAUUUCUAAUUUCAAGCCAAAGUUGAAGCCUUUACACUGGGACAAAGUGAGAGCGAGGUCUGAUCGCGAGAUGGUGUGGGAUCAACUCAAGUCAAGCUUUUCAAGUAUGGAUUAA